AUGGCCGUCACGCUCCUUCUCCUUCUUUGCUUCCUUCUGCUCAUUGUCGACUGUGCAGGCAGACAGCGACUGUCGUCCAUCCUUACUCUCUCUCUCUCCUGCUGUCGCUCUUCUCCACCUGCCUCUGUCUCGUUUGAAACCACCCGUGCAGUGUGUACACGCAAUAGCCUACCUUCGUGGCUCGACCAGUCCUGUCGUCGUGCAGCUUGCGCUGUGCCUUGCAUUGCGGUCUCUGCUGCGCUUAUUACUAGCAUUGUUAACGUAGGACCUGUUGUUAUUCUUCAAUUCUUGGAUACCCCCACAGACUAUCGCUUCGCGGCUACUUGCCUCUCGACUCUCGCUGUUCAACCUAGCUAUCAAUCGCGAAUCGCACGCUCAAUCCUACGAAGCGAAGAAUCGAGCUAUAUUCAAUCGAACAUAUUGAACAUAUUGUGGGCCGCCUUGUCUGACUACGUGUUGAUGAUCAACCCAGACUAUACGGAUUGUAUGCGGCGGCUUGAUUGA